AUGGAGCAUCAUCCUAUAAUGUUCCCUCCAGCUUCUUCCUCCCAUCAUUCUUCCGGGCAGUCAGUAUUAUCAUCAAGCAUGCUACAACCCCAGGCUUUUGACAAGCUUCUGGGAGAAACUGCGAGAGGAUUCACAGGCUUAAAGGGGGAGCACGAGGCUGCGAGCUUAGGAUGGACUGGUGGUUAUCCCCGGAUGGAAGCGACUACUGGCUCAGAUGAUGAGAUGAAGGCCGCCAAGAAGAAGGGCGCGAAGAAUGUCCGGAAGCCUAAAUAUGCUUUCCAGACGCGCAGCCAGGUGGAUAUACUCGAUGACGGCUAUCGAUGGAGGAAGUAUGGGCAGAAGGCUGUGAAGAAUAAUAGGUUCCCACGGUAAGCAGCUUUUUGAAGGAUUUGAUCAUUGCGAUUAACUAUGCUAUAUGACAUCUUAGAUAAUUUCAAGUAAAACAGAAAAUCAGAAAUUUACCCUCACUGGCCCAAAUGAUUUCUACUGAUAAUAAUGAGAGGGAGACCGCCGCCGUGCGUGGUGCAACGGCUGUGAAGAUUAGGAUCUCCGAUCAAGAUUGCUCCGAAGCUCAUUUUUCUUCUUAAACUGCCAAUCUUACUGGAUGGAGAGUCUGCUGAAUUGCAUAACUCUCCGGCAAGCUGGCAAUUGGUUGAGCCUUCGUGAGGGUUUCUCCAUGUCUCUCUGUCCUGUCUAGAUUUCCUUCUUUUCGCUUUCUGCCUUUCAGUUCAGCGCGUAUUGAAUUCAGUAACGCGCCUUCCUCGUUUCCAAAACCCCUUGAUGCCGAUUUCAUUGAUUUUUCUUGACUGCAUCCUUUGCUUUGCCUGCAUCUUAGUACCCGAGAUAACGUAGAGGCCUGUGACCAUUCUAUGUGUUGCUGGUGCUGGGAAUUCGUGAUAUGUAGAGGAAUAGCGGCUGCCAUUUACUUUGUAGUUAAGUAUUCGCUAUUUCCUACCAACUCCCAAUAUACAGACAAAUGUGUGCACUUGUAAAGGGGAAAAAUUUAAACUUCGCCUGGAUUGAGGGUCAGCUGUAACGAUGACUUCAUUCAGUAUGUUAGAGACUCGCAAUCAGAAACAUUUCGACCUUGAUCAAUCACCCAUCCAUUCUUCUGACCCAAUACUAGCUUAGACCUUUAUUAGAAGCGUAUUACAAACUCAGUGAAUAUUACAGAAGCCUCUACCUUCCGGAGUUUCAUCUUCAGCCAUCUAUCAUGUCUGCAUGUUUCCGCUUAGGGUCUUUUUUUUCGUAAUUACUCCUGCCAAGAUGAACCCAAGCAGUGUCGAUGAUCUGUGUGACGUACCGACGUUGUUUUUCAUAUUGUACGUUGUUUUGCUGCAGGAGCUACUAUCGGUGUACGCAUCAAGGGUGCAUCGUCAAGAAGCAGGUCCAACGGCUCUCGAAGGACGAGGGUGUGGUGGUGACCACCUACGAAGGAACGCACACACAUCCCAUCGAGAAAUCGAACGACAAUUUUGAGCACAUCUUGAACGAAAUGAAAAUCUUCACAAACUUCUAA